GUGUCAUAUAAGAGUAAAAUAAAUUUAUUGUGAUUUGUUAUGCAUGAUAAAGCAAAACAAAAAUAGGAAAUAAAUGUCAUAAUUUAACAACCGCUUUAUUCAGUUACUAAGUAGUUGUCUUUCUUGUGAUGAACUUUCGACCUCAACGUAUUGUUACAUACUAUCGUUUAUUAAACAUGAGCACAAACGGUGUAAAGAUCACUGCCAAAGCAGACGUGGUUUCCAAAAUGAGUACCGGUUCGAAAACGAAUAUUCACAAAGUGACUAAAACUAUUGUUUCGUCACCAGAUGUAUAUAAACCCGUUGGACCUUAUAGCCAAGCGAUUCUGGCUGAUAAAACCCUCUAUGUGUCUGGGGUGCUCGGUAUGGAUCAACAGUCGCAGUUAGUAUGCGGCGGUGCGGAGGCUCAAACGAGGCAGAUUCUCACCAACUUGAAACAUAUAUUGGAGGCUGGAGGCGCCUCCUUGGAGUCGGUUAUUAAAACGACAAUACUACUCGUUAAUAUGGACGAUUUCCAAACUGUCAACAAGAUUUACGCAGAAUAUUUUCCCAAAGACUGCCCAGCUCGUGCAACGUACCAAGUAGCGAAACUACCAUUGGGCGCGGCGGUGGAAAUCGAAGCUGUAGCUCUAAGCGGUGAUCUCGUGAUCGCUGAAGCAGGGCCUUGUCCGUGCGCGCGUACUUAAAUUGUUUAAAUAUCAUCCGUUUAUAACGAUAUUCGUUGAUAUAUGGAAAAACGCUUGGCUUAAUUUAAUAUUGUUAAUUAAUUCUUGUAUUCGAAAACGCAGUGUCUUUUUUUCAUAUUAUGCAUGUUUGCUUUAUCUUAGCAAGCACUAUUUUUGAUUAAAUGAAUAAAAAAUA